GUUAUUUUUUAACAAUAAACCGUGUUUGGAUGCAAUAAUAAAAAACUCUUUUAUUGAAAUGUUAUCGCUUAGAAAUGUUAUCACAAAGUUAGAAACAUAUUUGCAACAAGCAACGUAUUGUACAAAGGCUGUCACGGAAAAUAUCCAUCCAAUCAUUUCCAAAAGAAGUUAUGAAGAUGAAAAUUAUUUUUACCAAAGGCCGCGCGAAGUAUGGCUAGAAAAUUUGGAUACCAUUGAAAAAAAAAAGUUAGGACUUGUCUUUCUACAUCCCGACAUUUAUGGAGCAUCUCCUAGGAUAGAUAUAAUUCAUGAAAACAUACGCUGGCAAAGAAUGUAUCGCUUUGUGUGCUAUGCACAUACAAAAGUACGUUCAGAAGUAAGAGGUGGUGGCAAGAAACCAUGGCCACAAAAGGGACUAGGCCGUUCCCGUCAUUCAAGUAUACGUUCGCCAUUAUGGAGAGGUGGUGGUGUAGUACAUGGACCUAGAUCUCCUACAACUCAUUUUUACAUGCUUCCCUUUUAUAAAAGAGUUGCUGGACUUACAUCUACAUUAUCUGUUAAAUUAGCUCAAGAUGAUUUGUAUAUUGUUAAUGAUUUGGAAAUUCCAUCCAAUGAACCAUCAUAUAUUGAACAACUAAUAGAAGAGCGACAUUGGGGACCUUCCGUGUUGUUUGUUGAUACUGAUGAUAUCAUGCCUGGAAACAUCUCAGAAGCAACUGACACAAUAAAGCAUGUAAAUUUAAUGCCUGUAUAUGGCCUGAAUGUCUACAGUAUGUUAAAACAUAAUACUUUAAUUCUUACUGAAAGAGCUGCACGUUUAAUUGAAGAUAAAAUAUUGUACCAUUUACAUAGGCCAGAUUAUCGUAAAUUAAUGGCAAAGUUUAAACUUAGUCAGCAAUAGAAAUUAAAAAAUAAAAGCAUGAAAUAUCAAUCUACUUCUUGUCAAAUUGCAUUUAUUUUCUGUAACAGUCAUUAAUUUCUUAUAACAAUUCAAUAUGAUCAGUUUUAAGUUUAUUUAUAUCAAAAUAAAAUUUUCAUCCCUAGUUGAAUAAAGAUCACUUUUUUCUUAGUGUUGGCAUACUAGUUGACUUUUUAGGAAGAGGCUGCAAGUAUAAAUAUCAAUGAUAUUAAGGAAAAUACAAUACUGAAUUAUAAUUAUAUAAAAAUAAAGACCCUUACUGUUGGA